CCAUUCCUCACUCCUCUAGAGUCAGUGUCCCUAGCAGAUGACAUGUAAUUCGGGCAGGACCCCUGAGUGCUGAAUAAGAUCUCUGCCGAUCAGUCGAACGAUGGCGGAGACAUGUUGAACUCUCGGGCAGACAGAUAGCAGCAGUUGGAGUAACAGCAGCGUAACACACGGCAGUGUUACUCUUCUCUACCACUGCUUGGUCAAACUCCUUCUGGAAAAUCCCACCGCUCUGUGAGGUGCACAUAGAGCCAAAAUGGAGAUUUCCCUUGAAGAUACGACAGGCAGCUCACCGCCCAACUUAGAGUACCAGGCGGCGCACCAAGCGUUCAAGGAUCGCUGGAAGGAGACGGAUGAAACCAUGUGUCGCCACAGCAUGUCCUUCCAUCUGCACCACGCGGUGAGGAGCGAGUUCUUUGCCAGCUACCUGUACCUGCUGGAGAAAACUCCUGUCGUGAAGCUGUUUCCAGUCACCUGUGAGUACAUUAAAGGAGAGAAACAGUUCUACUACAGAGCUCAGCAGUUCUACGAGGACGUCCCAGCCUCGGAGGAAGGCAUGCUGGGAGAUUUUUUGGAGAUAGGCAACGUCGAUCUUGAGGGUUCCCGGCAGUUUCUGAAGAGAUUCGUGGGUCCCGGUAAAGCCGGCACGCACUUUGCCCUGGACUGUGGCUGCGGGAUCGGCCGCGUGUCCAAAGGCGUCCUCCUUCCCGUGUUUGAGAAAAUGGAGAUGGCGGACAUGAUGGAGCACUUCCUGCUCCACGCACACGAAGAGUACCUUGGCGACGACGCUGACCGCAUCGAGACCUACUACUGCUUCAACCUGCAAGAGUUCACACCUCCGAAAAACAAGUACGACGUCGUCUGGAUGCAGUGGGUGGCAUGCCACCUAACAGACAAGGACCUGAUGAAUUUCCUGAUGCGCUGUAAGAAGAGCCUUCGUCCAAACGGCGUGAUCAUAUUAAAGGACAAUAUGGCGAGACAAGGCUGCAAGCUGGAUCCCAUCGACAGCACCAUCAGCCGCCACCUGGACAUCAUGAAGUGCAUCAUCACCAAGGCAGGCCUGGAGGUCCUGGCUGUGGAGAAGCAGGAAGGCUUCCCUGAGAUCAUCAUGCCUGUCUGGAUGAUUGCGAUGAAAUAGAAAUGACACCAUUUUUGACACCAUUGUCACUGCUCCACUUGUUCCAUAACUAAGAGCAAAUUCCAACCUAAGACUAUAAAGGGUUAUUCCUCUUUUUAUCUAAAUUAAUGAUCGAGUUUAUAAAAAUAAACGGCAACAUCAACACAGCGAGAAAUCUUCAGGAUGUCAUCGGGAGAUAGAUUGGGAAGCGGCAGAGCGGACGGCCUGUCGGCAACCGGGGGCAUUUUUCCUAGACUAGAGUUCUUUUUUUCUGCUUCGGCCAGAAAUGAAUCAAAGCUUUUACGUGGACAUCACCUCAAUAAGCACUCUAUAUGUCCACAAAGCAAGUCAUUUAUCGUCAGCCGACCACCUCCAGGGCUUUUAAUUCAGAGACAUCAAAGAAUAACCUUUUGCUAUCUGGAGCCGGAAUAAUAUGUGGAUGAACAAUUUGUCAUCAAGUACAACAUACUUUAUCAUAAGCAGUGAUACAUCAGGUUUAUUUAAAUAACUAUGAUGCUUUACAUUUUAGAACAUGAUGAACAUGCAAUCUGUAUGUGAAUAUGUUCUGUGAUCAGAUGCUUUUCAGUUUACACUUGGUACUCUUGAUCUAGCUUACAUUGGGAUCGGAUCGCAAUCUGCAAGUUAGGCAACCGCGCUUAACUUGUUAAAUGCAUUCCUGCUGCAAGACGGGCAACUAGAGAGAGAGCACAGACUUGCAAACUAAAGAUCACAUGACAGACAGAGAAAAGACAUCUUAGGUUACAGUGCUCAUCAGUAGCCUUGAUUGCUGAUGACUGAUCAAAAUAAACGUUGUCUGCCGAAUCUGAUGCAAAAUAUCGGUAGCUUUGUGCGGCUGCUUGAGAGUGGUGUAAAAACCGUUAACCUGUAAUGAUCAGGGCCAGUGGAGAAGCUUACUAGGCUCGGCUUCCCCCCUUUUGUCGUGUGACCCCUCAUCUGGCAGGGCGUUGCAGUCUCUUGAGAACUCUUGAGAAAGUGCUUUAUGGAUGCCUUGUUUCUACACUGUGCAGCUCACAAGGGACACGCACACUUUCAUAGAUCUAAUACCUUCGUGGAUUAUACAUGCAUAAUACAAAGAGUAAUGAUUUAAGUUGCUUGGAGUUUGAGUUUCUCAACAGUUAAGUAAUGGUGGUCUAUGGAUUUAAUGCUUUUUGGACCGCAGACGGGGCCGUAUCCAGCGCUGCUAAUACAUCCAUGGUUUGUGGGCUCAUAAGGAGCUCAUCGGUAGAAUCAAAGCUUGAGGAGGAGGAGUCGUGACCUUGCAAAAUGUUGCUCAGAUGUUACUUCUUACUACAGCCACUGUUAGUAUUUACAUUAUCUUCCCUCACAAUAGGCUCCCAUCCAAUAUUCCCGUUGUGUUGCAUGCAUCUGCAUUAACCUUUGUCUUUUCCUGAUAGCAGGAAGAUAUCCAGACACAGGAUACAUGUCAAAACCAGGUGGAGUUGAGGUCUAAACAAUCAGCAAACAGUUCCUUGCCACUUUACAUUACAGGAGAAAUAACAUCCAGGGCACUUGGCAAAUAUUGGUCAGGUGUAAGUAUUACAUUUAUUUUUAUGUACGAACUUGUUUUAUACUUUUGCUUGUAAUAUUGUGUUGUACUUUUUGUAUUGAUUUUUAUUGUAAUCCUUUCCGUAUAAUGCAGAAAUGUAGACAAAGUCGCUCCCUUUAAAUUCCACUCUCUAGCACAAGGUCGGGACAUUUGAAUGCAUCUUACUGUAUGCUCCCUUUUGAAAAAUAAACUUGGAAAGCAUA